ACCUUUUAUUUUGUAAGACUUUUCCCUGCUUCGUCUUAGUUUAGACUGGUGGUAUUUGCUGUUAAAAUCCGAGCUCUGUGAUUCAGCAUCAUUUAGUUGAUUUCAGCUCUUGUUUGAAGGUUAUUUGCCAUUUAUAAUGUUUGGGUUUUUCCUCCCUUUUUCUCUCCUAGCAGCCAUGGCAAUGACAGGCCCCACACCGUGCUCGUCCAUGAGCAACCACACCAAGGAGCGAGUUACGAUGACAAAGGUGACGUUAGAAAACUUCUACAGCAACCUCAUAGCACAGCACGAGGAGAGAGAGAUGAGACAAAAGAAACUAGAACAAAUGAUGGAAGAAGAAGGCUUAAAAGAUGAAGAGAAAAGAAUCAGGAGAUCAGCUCAUGCACAAAAGGAAACGGAGUUUCUUCGCCUAAAGAGAACAAGGCUUGGAUUGGAGGACUUUGAGUCUUUAAAAGUAAUAGGCAGAGGAGCAUUUGGAGAGGUGAGGCUGGUGCAGAAGAAGGACACGGGGCACGUUUAUGCCAUGAAAAUACUGCGCAAGGCUGAUAUGCUCGAAAAAGAGCAGGUUGGCCAUAUCCGUGCAGAGCGGGACAUCCUGGUGGAGGCUGACAGCCUCUGGGUUGUGAAGAUGUUCUACAGUUUCCAGGACAAGCUAAACCUCUACCUGAUCAUGGAGUUCCUGCCUGGAGGUGACAUGAUGACACUGUUGAUGAAGAAAGACACUCUGACAGAGGAGGAGACACAGUUCUACAUCGCUGAGACCGUGCUUGCCAUUGAUUCCAUCCAUCAGCUGGGCUUUAUCCAUCGGGAUAUAAAACCAGACAACCUCCUCCUGGAUAGCAAGGGCCACGUGAAACUCUCAGACUUUGGUCUGUGUACUGGACUGAAGAAAGCCCACAGGACAGAAUUUUAUAGAAACUUGAACCACAAUCUUCCCAGUGACUUCACUUUUCAGAACAUGAAUUCCAAAAGGAAAGCAGAGACUUGGAAGAGGAAUCGACGGCAGUUGGCUUUUUCUACUGUGGGAACUCCAGAUUACAUUGCUCCUGAAGUUUUCAUGCAGACUGGGUACAACAAGCUGUGUGACUGGUGGUCCCUGGGGGUCAUCAUGUACGAGAUGUUGAUUGGUUACCCACCCUUCUGUUCCGAGACUCCUCAAGAGACUUACAAGAAAGUGAUGAACUGGAAAGAGACCCUGACAUUUCCUCCAGAAGUUCCAAUCUCUGAUAAAGCAAAGGAUCUUAUUUUAAGAUUUUGCUGUGAAUGGGAGCACAGAAUUGGUGCAUCUGGUGUGGAGGAAAUAAAGAGUAACCCAUUCUUUGAAGGGGUUGAUUGGGAGCACAUCAGAGAGAGACCUGCUGCGAUUUCCAUAGAAAUUAAAAGCAUUGAUGAUACCUCAAACUUUGAUGAAUUUCCAGAAUCUGAUAUCCUUAAACCAACAGUGGCAACAAGCAACCACCCAGAGACCGACUACAAGAACAAAGACUGGGUUUUUAUCAAUUACACCUACAAGCGUUUCGAGGGCCUGACGGCCCGAGGGGCAAUCCCAUCCUACAUGAAAGGAGGGAAGUAACACAGCUUUACCUGGGACUUCUGAGCCGUGGAAUUCUGUUGCUGUACUUUGGGUUUAUACCCAUAAAAGAAUUUUUUUUUUUUUUAGAGAAAACUUGAGGGCUAUCAACUCUUGGAGAAGACUUCAGGACCCUGUUUUGUUACACACCUGGUUGUUACUAAGGAUUUUUUUUUCCUGCGCCAUUGAAAAAUUCCACAACGUGUUUGCACCAUCUCUGCUGCCAGCACCUUUUGCUGCUUCAGGAGCAAGAGUUUUUCCUUUUUAAAUCCUUUGCCAGAUUGUACAGUCCAUCGGGAGAUGGGAGCCUUCCCUUUGGCUUUGCAAAGCACGGGAUUCUGUAGGAUUGUUUGCCAGUCCUGCAUUUAGUGACAAACUCACUCUGCCAAUUCUGCCAGCACUGUUUGCCCAGUGGCUGAGGACUCCAGUAACAAAGCAAUAAUUAAGCUUGAGACAGACAACUCUCCAGGAAACUGUUGAGCAGAAGGACACAACUGGGAUUGCCUUAACCUUAGUUUGUAGUGCUGUUUUUAUAAUGCUUCUUGGAAGCCUCUCAACAGCAUUUCUCAGCUCUGUCACAGUGGCCUCCAGUCCUGGUGCACUUUACUUUUGGUACUAAGUUACCCUCAAGCCAUUUAAUAUUUUUUCUAAAUUAAGAAAUUGUGCAACACUUUUCCUUCCCCGGAUAGAGGAGAAAGGGUCCAUUCCCUGCUCCGAGCACCGAGUCUUUGGUUACUGUGUGACAGGGGGGAUCUGUAAACAGCCCAGAUAAACCACAGCUGGUCACACUGUUGUGCAUCUGGAAUUAGAGAAGAGGGAGGGAAGUUUCUUGAACCUGAUCCUUGGUGGGUAAGUUGUGCAGAGCUGGCUCAGCCCGAGGCUCCCUUGGCUGGCUGGUGCCAUCUCUCGGCCAUAUCUGAGCUCUGCUACAUCUUCACUGGUUUAAAGACAAAAAGACAUCUGUGGUGUUUUUGCUCUUGGUUUUGAGCAGAACAGGAUCAGAAUGUUGCUGAUGGAGGCCUGCCUAGUGUUUCCUUACAGAGCUGCUCUUGCUGUCCUGGCUGAACCAUCUGUCCCAGUCUUCCACAGACUGGGGUCACUUUUGGGGCAGUGGAACCCACCGUGUCCACUCUUAGAUUAUUGCCUACUAUAACUUAUAAAAGUUCUGAUCAGGUUCUCUACAGGAGAGCCCCAAAGUGCCUUUCCUUGCCUAAGCCUCUCUGGGAACAUGGUACCAUUUUGGGAGGGAGGGUUCUGCCUCAGUUGAGCUUUUCCUAAUUCCUUUUUCUAACCACGAGCUCCACGUUGAGCCCGUUUGUAGUUAACUCUGCACUUCCAGGGGCAGGUGGCAUUAACCCUUUGGGUCUGCCUGGUUCCAGUCUGUAAUUUCCAAUCAGAUUGAUAAAAAUUAUAACUUUUUGAGGUUUCUAAAAGCACGUCUCAGUUUGAAUUAUCUUGGAUUCCUGCAGACUUGUGUUGGUGCUGAACACUAACUCCAGAGUACAGACAAGACAAAGCUCGAGUGAUGUUUCACAGGAAAAAAAAAAAAAAAAGGCUUCCAGGGCUGUUUAGUCUUGAAUUUCUUGAUUAGGAAACAAAACAAAAUGGGUUUGUAGUGGAACUUUUUUUAAUAGGUGCUUUUAGGGAAUUUUUGCCUACGUGUCUCUUGAGUGCCAUCCUGAAGGACUGACGGGGGAUUGCCAGUACUGUACAGAACUCCUUCGUGUCCUCUCCUCUCCCUCACCACCCCCUGUGCUUUUUGUACUUGUCCCACGACUUCAGUGACUUGCCAUAAGCAGUUUAGGUACCAGUUGGAUCCUACCAAGCUGAAAUGCAAAGUAGCCUUAAUCAGAAGUGAUCCCAGGAUCACUGUAGUCAGUAGGGCUCACUUAGAUGAAUAAGGGCUGAUGGAAGGAAUGACUUAUAGGAUCAGGCUUUUACCAACUCAUCCCUAAGAUCACCUUCUGCUCCCUUUGUACUUUGUGUGAAGGGCUGAUACCAACUUCUCCUGCAGUUUCUUCCAGCCAUUUGAAAAUGUUGCCUUAUAAACCAUUGGAAAUAAUAUAAAACCAUUUUUUUUUCCAAUUCCUAACUACUUAGUUACUGCCUUAAAAUGAAAUAAAACAAAAAUCAAAAUCCUUUCAAGCUGCUGUGGAUUAGCAACAAAUGAUUUUGAGAUAGUAGCUGCAUUCGUAGCCCUUUACUGAAAGGGACCAGCAUUUUUAUUUAUAAAUACCAAAGAAGCUAAACAAUUAUAAGUUGUGAUGACUUGCUGUGAAAAAAACAACUCUCUAGUACUGUGUAUUGUGCAUUUUUAGUGCUGUGUUAGAAGUGUGACCCCUCAGGUCACUGAGCUCAAGGUGGUUUUUCAAAGGCAUGAGGAGCAGUUGGGUACCUCAUUCCUGUUGUCUUCCAGCAGAAGUUGGAUGUCUUUGAAUCCAGUCCUCUUGGACACACCUUCAGUGGUAGCAUCUGUAUCCCAGGUGCAUUUUAAGCCUGCUUCCUAUUCCAGUUUUUCACCAACUUUAGGGAAAAAAAGUGUGUCCUACAGUGUCUCCUUCCCAGGAUCCAUAAUUCACUGCUAAGGAUUUUGGAUGCCUGUUCCAUCUCCCGUGGUAGCCAAACAUUUUCCUUAGCUGCUUGUGUUUUGAGGUUGUUUGUAUCUUUGGCUCUUUUUUAUUAACCUGCAGUUGCUGGACUUGUAGGAGUAAUUCCAGCCUGAAUUUCCAAUGGAUCUGAACACCUUAUGCUGCCAGUUCAUCUCUGUAUCAUGCCUAGCACAAAGCUGCACUAAGUGUUUCUUAUCACUGUGCCCCGACUCUGCCUUAACCUCUUCAGUUGAAAAAGCAUUCUGUAAAUAUUUAAAAGCUGUUCCAAAAUUGCACUGUAAAAUUUGGCAGGUGUAGUCAACUUUUUAUGGAUAGAUCUCAUUGUGUUGUGUAAAUAAAUAAAAUCCACUUCGUAGACACAC